CUGGUAGUUGGGUCUUCUCCUUUCCUCUUCCCAUUUCUUGUUCUUUUUCAUCUUUUCUCCGUCUCCCUCUCUUUCUUUAUCUCUCUCUCUCUCUCUCUGGGGUAGCCCUAUUUUUCCCGGCGGUUUUUCCCACGCAAUCGCGUGGUUUCUUUUUCCGCUGGAGGAAUUUGUAAAGGGGAGACGGUAUUCCUAAGAGAACCCUAGGGACCCUUUCUCUGUCUCUCCGAUCGCCGUGAUGGUGGAUUCCUCCGGCGAUGCCGACGACAAGCUGGCCUAUUUCCAGGCGGUAACCGGCAUCGAGGACGCCGGAUUGUGCUUGGAAAUCCUCGAGGCCCACGGAUGGGAUCUCGAGACUGCAGUCUCCGCAAUCACCACCUCCACCAGUGGCGCAGCGCCUUCGGCUGCUGUCGCGUCUGCGGAUGAUGCCGGCAGCAGCGACCAGGGGCGUAAUUCUGUGAGAUCAAUUGAGGGGUCGCCGGAAAUUGUGGGGCGGAUAGUUGCUAAUACCGGGAAUCCGCCGUCCAGCCUCGCGUGGAAGGUGAUCCAAUUGCCGUUUUCCGUGAUUUCUGGCGGUCUAGGGCUUGUUUCUAGCGCCGUUGGCCUCGGCAUCUGGAUUGCUGGCGGUGUGCUUUCUCAUUCGCUGGGUGCACUCAGUUGGGCCGUCGGUAGAGGGCGGGGUGAUAGCGAGGUUUCGCCUCUUAUCUCGCUCUCCGCUGGAUCUGCUGAAGCUUUGAGGUUCAUCGAGGCCUUUGAGAGGGAGUAUGGAGGGGAAGGCCGCACAAAGCCGAAUUUUGUCUCCAAUGGGUUUAUGGAAGCUCUGCAGACGUCUCAGAACUCUUUUAAACUGCUGUUUGUGUAUCUGCAUUCUCCAGAUCACCCGGAUACGCCGGUUUUCUGUGAGGGAACUCUGUGUUCCCAGGUGGUAGCGGAGUUUGUUAAUGAGAAUUUCGUCUCGUGGGGUGGAAGUAUACGAGCGACCGAAGGGUUCAAGAUGAGUAACAGCUUGAAGGCUUCAAAGUUCCCUUUUUGCGCUAUAGUCAUGGCUGCGGCUAACCAGAGGAUAGCCCUCCUUCAGCAGAUUGAGGGACCAAAAUCACCCGAGGAAUUUCUAACAAUCCUCCAAAAGGUGGUUGAAGAGAGUGCUCCAGUUCUUCUUGCAGCAAGGCUUGAUGAAGAGGAAAGAAGAAACACAAGGCGAUUAAGGGAGGAGCAGGAUGCUGCAUAUAGGGCAGCCCUUGAGGCUGAUCAGGCCCGGGAACGUCAAAGAAGAGAAGAGCAAGAAAGGAUUGAAAGAGAAGCAGCAGAAGCUGAGAGGAAGCGCAAAGAGGAGGAGGAGGCUUUGGAAAGAGCAGCCCGUGAAGCUGAUGAGAAAGAAGCUGCUUUGGAAAGAAGGCGCCAAGAGAAAGCCUUAUCACUGGGGACUGAACCUGAAAAAGGUCCUGAUGUCACACAGGUUCUUGUUCGUUUUCCAACUGGAGAACGGAAGGAGCGGAGGUUUCAUAGUUCAGCAACAAUUGAGUCUCUCUAUGAUUAUGUUGAUUCCUUAGGCUGCUUGAAGACUGAGAAUUACAAACUUGUUUCAAAUUUCCCUCGAGUUGUCUACAGUACAGAAAAGUACCAGUUGUCACUGCGGGAAGCUGGAUUGCACCCACACGCCAGCCUGUUUGUUGAGCUGGAUGCUUAAGAAUGGGCAACCAACGUUUUGGCAUAUUUGAUUUAGCGACGGCUGCAUCUGCAUGCAAAAUCCUGUCAGAAACGUGGUCUGAGAUUGAUUCCAACCAAGGGCAGGGAUUCUUUGCACAAUGUAGCUUGUUACAUUUUUAAAGUUAACAUCCAGUUGCAUAUCUUUUUUGCUGAAAUUGGAUUCCUCAUGACAGAUUAUGCAACUGCAGUUAAAGUUUAACAUUAUCUCCACCGUUGUAAAUUGUCCGACUGGCAUAAACAUCUAUAUCUCGAUUUGUUUGACUUCCA